AUAAGAAUAUCGAGCCUCGGCAAAAAUGAUCUGGUUCUUAUUAUGAAGAGCAUGCUACAUACACAUUCUUCUUUAGCGUCGAACCUUCUUGCUUCUGAUAGAGUUGGUUGGUAAAUAGUAGUUUGCUUGCCUUUGUGUUGAUAAAAGUAGAAUGGCUUACUAGUAUUUACUGAAGUAUGAAUUUAAAAACUUGUGCAUGUGCAUGCUGUAAAAAUGGUCCAGAUUUUGUCCCCUUAGAGUUUAAAGGCUUUCAAAGUUUCAGCAAAUUAGUAAGCCACAAGGAUAUAAAAAUUUUCGAUCAAGAUUUGAACUUUUUUGUUCUGCCAGGUACGUGGCUGAGAAAUCAAUUAACAAUCAAAACCAUACCAAGAACCGUGAUCUUGGAAAGGAAAUUGUUGUCUUAUUUUUAGAAAGUAGUUUUGUAAUUUCUGUCGCUGGAACCCUAUAAAAGCUGCAUUUUUCUAGACAACAGCGAAAGCGCAAGGAACUUUGGACUUUGUUUGUAUGACAAGGCUCCAUAUUUGGUCCAAUCCUCUUUAUUGCGUUAAUCUGAGCGCAUUUUCAUGGAUUAAUUUGCUGGUUCUCUCCUUUUAAUCGCAAAUUCACUGAAACCAGCCAAAACAAUUGCUGCAGUCGUUGCGGAUAUGAAUAAAAAUUUGAUUAGCUUUAUGAACAGGAAAUGUUUGUAAGGCAUUUGAACGUAGCAUGAUGAAUAUUUUAGUGCUGGCAAUUAAAUAUAAUUAGUUUUCCUUUAAAUUUAGUUAAAAAAUUUUAGCAUAUUUUGGUUAACUUUGUCCGUUCUUCCCAUCGAGCUAAAUAUGAGAAAAUAAUAGAAUUUCCAUUUCGAUUUCGCAUUAAGAUUUUACAUUUUGGAGUUUGCAUUUCAUCAAUUUCAAAGUUAUUAACAUCGUAUGCUUUGGAACUACUCGUUAAUUUUCCACAUACACGAUGAACGUUACAAACUUCAGAUUUUUACGAAAGAAAGAUCUUUGAUCAGAUUAACCAACUGGACUUUUGUCAAGCUGAUAGCUACAUUAUUUUAUUGUUGUUGUUGUUGUUGCUUUUGUUGUCAAUGUCUUUUUGUCCAAGUAAAUAAAAUCUAGUUUCCAAUUACAAGAAAAAGAAACUAAUUAAAGUUAAAAAUAGAAUAUUUGUGUUCAACACAAACACAGGGGUAACGAAUAAGAUAUAUUGUUUCACGUUCGUAAGGUUCUAUGUGCCUGUAGACGUCGCAGCUACAUUUAAUACUGUCCAAUUCUUUAAUUAAAGGCAGUAAAGUUGUCAGCCGAUUAAAUCCGUCCAAGGCCGCAAGGGGGCUUAAGGGAGGGGGUUUGAGCCCCCAAUAACUAUCAAGCCGUAGUGGUUUUCCUUUAUAAUAGUGUACUCUCGUUCUGAUGGCACUGUCAUCUGGCAGACUGUUCCAAACUGGUGCCAAAAUUUUUGGCAGAACGAUCAGGGCCGUCGCUACAGGGAGUUUGCGGACUGUCACUUCCCUUGGGAAAAAAUUUCAUUGUAAAAACGAGGAGUUUUUUGCCAUUUUUGGAUGCUUCGCAACGAAUUUUCAGAUUUUUCGGCAUAUUAAGGAUGGAUAAUCCACUUUUGGCAAAAGGGAUUGGAGCACCCUCUACCGGAUUGGAAGACCCCCUCUUGAGCAACCUCUCUUGUGUACCCUCUCUUGGGCACGCUCCUGAGAGUGAUAAUCAUCAUGAAUUCUUUUAAGUGUCGUGAGAGCUGAGCUGAGUUCUUCUAUUUCCAAUCCCAUUUUACUGUUCUCAAAAACACAUAUGCCUGAUUCCAACAGGUGCAUUCCAGAUUGUGUUCUGAAACCGUAUUUGCUGUUGUUUGCUUAACAGCAUUCGUUAAAUGUGCCACAAACCCUAAAAGUUGUUUUUACAAAGAUUCUUCUGUUCGCUUUUCUACAAUCUGUUCCAAAUCCUCUAAAACCGUGUCAACAUUCGUAAGUGUCUUACGCAAAGUGUGAUAAUGACAUCAACUCGCUCUUAUUUCCGAGCAAUCGAUAUGCAAUCUGCCAAGGCAGGUGUUGAAUCAGGGCUGUUCUGCCUCGUAGCCGUGUUUGGUCUCUUCUGUCUUUUAAUUAACUUCGUCGUGUGUUUUUCCAAAGAACAUUAUUGAAGGCAUUUGCAUAUAAGCCAGUGUACUCGCCCUGCAGUUUUUGUCUAAUCAGUUUGCAGGCAUCAAAAUUUGGCCGCGUUGACGAUGGCUGCUUCAUUAUUUUGCUUUCUUUUUGGAGGCAUUCUUUUUCCCCUGCAAUUGGCUCUCCAACCAGAGUUUCACGGAAACGUCAAAAUUACAUCAGUGCCACAAAGGUUGAAAGCAUUUCAAGCCCCAUCAAUCCAGAAUUGUUUGCACCGAUGCCAACUUCACGAGAAGUGCAGUGUUAUCAACUACAAUGUUAUUGCUGGGAUGCAGUAUAAUUGUAUUUUUUAUAAUGCUGAAGUUAUUUCUCAGCUCAACAGCAUAAGCUCUUCCUCCAUGUCAUGGCAUCUGUAUGCGCUCUCCAAAGCAACUAACGAAAAGCCCUCCAAUACCCCGACUCCUGCAAUGUCGGUUGCCACUACUGCAGUCACGACGAACAACAACCUUUGCGAUUCAGAUCAGUUCAAAAUAGGACAGGUUGGUACAUCCAAUUGUCUGUACGAAGCAGGUGGAAAAAUUAUACUGGAAAAUAAUUGUGACGAUUUCUUUUGCGAAAAUCGCCUCGGCUACCUGAUGCUUGUGAAGAAAGCUGAAUGCCUCCGUAUCAACAAAUUUGUGAAGGUAGAUAUAGAUUGUACAACGAUCGAUGCAGAUUUCACGCUUAACACGAACGUCAGCUCCAACAUCUGGUUAAAAUAUUCGUCAGGCACCCCAAAUUGUCUUGUGGAUAGCAGUAAAAGUAUUGGACUUUCUUCAAACCCCAAUGAUUGCAUCCAGUUCGAGAAAUCGAGUGGAUAGUACUGAAUCAGUUCAGAACUCAAGACCAACACAAAUUUCAUCUAUCUAUAUUUUAAUUUAUAUCUAAGAGUCAAAUAUUGACUCAUAGAAGCAGUGGCGAAGCUGAACUCUAACUGAUGGUCGUGCCCAUUGCCCACUGCGCAGCUAAAAUGCGCCUCCGCAUUAAAUCAAAUUUCAAAGAUCUUAAAGGCACACAGAGUAGUUCUGUAAAUUAGGAAUUUCAUUCAAAGAAUGGGCAAAAAUUGGCUUUGAGGGAAAAUAGGUUUUGAAGUUCAAGACAGGUAUAAAGAAUUUAACUGACUGGCAGAAAGAUUUGAACACAUAUUAAAGAGCUUGCAGCAUUAUUUAUCUAGCCACAGGUAAAAAGCACUUAACAGUGAGUGCCAGAAAGUAUGAACUUUUUAAAUAACUUUGUGUCCUGCUAUUUUGACAGUUUUGUUGAAUAACAUUGGGUAGUCUCUAGUGUUAAAUUGACUUCUCACAGAGAUUUUAUCACUAAGAUAGAUACCUGAUUUAAGGCUGAAGUGAUUAUUAUUAAUACACUGUACACAAUGCUUGGCAAUAUUUGAAAGCCUUAGAAGAUGAAAUAUUCAUUUAAGUUGCCACUAAUCAAUGAAUUCAUCAUUAAAAAGCAGAUUAUUACAAUUUAUAAAUAGAUAGGGCAGCAUAAGCAAACAAGACAUGUUCAACAAAUUCAUUUUUUCUCAAGCAACAUCAAAAGACACAGACCAGAUGAUUUGAAUCAGAAUUGAUAAAGAAAAGCCAUGAUCUUUUAAGAGUUAUUUACAUAAAACAGGUUCUUGAGAAAAAAGUUAAGGGAAGAAAGUGUCUUUCUUAAUUUUUCUAUACGGAAAAAUGUAUUUAGAAUUAUAAACCCCUGUCUUUAGAAACGGGCACGACCUCGUCAUAUACUCCACCAGCCUUCAGCCAAUCAAAUGCUGUUUCACGUAACAGAAAUAUUAUGAUUAUGAUUACGAGGUCGUGCCCAUUUCGGAGGGCAUGACUAGCAUUGUCUUUCUCUAUUGUUGGGCACGACCAAACACAGGGUGUCCAAUCGAAGCUUCUAUUGUUGGGCAUGACCAAAUCACAAGGUACCUGGUUUUGGGCACGACCAAUUUGAAACCCUAUGGAUUCCUACUCCGCUCUAAAAGUUUUUAAUGGGCCAAGAGUUGCAGAUUCGAGUAGACUUCAUUAAAGACAUUGCGCUACUCAUUGCUAACAAUGAGCCAAUGCGCAACGCAAGCAUCCCAUAAUGCAUUUUCAGACAGUCUGAAAUCAAUUAUGGUUAAUCAGUAGAAGUUUACUGCCUUUGUUUGGAUUGUCGCCUGGAUAAUUUGCCACCCUCGCAAAGGCUCAUUGUUAGCAAUGAGUCUUUAAUGUUUCAAAAUAAACGUAAUCGAUUUGUCUCCUUUAUGCAGGUUAAAAAUUAUUUUUGGCAAUAUUGGAAAAUCUUACUUUUUGAAAUUUAUGGUCUUGCCGGGCAUGGCAGGCACGACCUUUGGCUUCGCCACUGCGUAGAAGUAUAUAAUCAUGUUGCCAAUUUUUCUUAAGGGUUUAGUUAUUAUUUUCGGUGUUCAAGGGGACAUUUGCAUGAUCUCGUUUUUUAGAGGAACUUAAAAGGGCGUGGACAUGGUCUCAGGUGCAUAUGAACAUAUGCUCGGGCCAGAACAGAACAAGAUCGAUGCAGAUUUUCUGAUUUAGUGUUAUAUUCCCUGGUGAAUCUAUAGUGUAAAUAAAGCACCCGGUAGUGUGGUUAUGACACAGCCUCGUCUUGAACUUCAGAUUGGAUUUUGUAUAGAGCAGAAAGAGUUAAGUUAAGCCUAGCGUAAACGGGCGACUUUUGUGUAUCAUAGACUGUCUUCGAGAUCAAAUCAGUCGUCUGCGCGCUACAAACACAGGACGCAAAAUCUAGUUGAUCAAAAAGCAUAUCGACAGCUUUUAAGCUGAUUUCAUGUCAAAGACAAAGCCCAACAAAUAUAAUGCGAGAGAACAUGCCAAGUAGUAUGUGGAGGGAAAAGGAGGAGGCGGGUCCAUGACUUUUUAUCUAUCUAUUUUUCAAUUUGUAUGUCUUCAUGACUAAGAGGUUCGUUUACUAAGAUUUUGCCCAUUCAGUAGUGCUCAUGAUUAAUAGGUGUGUGUUUUCGUGUUUGGGCUUAUUGUGUUUAAAACAGAUACGUCAAAGUGCCCCUUUUAAAUUUGGGCCCCUAAUAAUGACCCGUUUUCUACGUUACUGGUAACGUUGGUAACGUUUUGAAACAUUUGGAACAUCAAAGUGAGCUAAAAGUCCGCGUUCAAAGUGCACCGUCGGCACUGACUGAAGUCCGGCUAAAAGCUGUUUAGCCAGGGCUGUAAGAAUGGCUAUAUCUUAAGGAGAUAUUGAAACAACAUUUGACAGAAUCAAUUUGGAAUUUUUCUUUAAUGUAAAUAAGAUUCAACCUAAUGGACGUGAAGGGGUGAGAAAUAGAACUGUUGGCAGGAUUCAUCAGCCCCUUUUUUGGUUGUCUCUAGAAACUUUUCUUGGGUAAUGACCAAAAAUGUUGAUUUGAAAAACAAUAUGCGUGACACGUGAUCCUUAUUGGUGAUGCUAAAUUAUUUAACGUGCUCUGAAAAGGCUGUCCUCAGAGAAGGUACAUACCGGAUUCAGCUUUUUAAAAGCGUAGCUUUAAAGAAGACAGACCCUAAAAAUUAAGAUUGCCCUACACCUUCGAAGCAAAAGAGCUUUAUUCAAGCUUAUUUAUGUAACUUUUUCACUUAAUCUUUCUCGCUAGAUAAAAUCAUUUAUGACUUAAGUGUUUUAUGUUCUUGACGGAUUGAAGAUGCUGAAAAUUAGUUUCAAUACCUAAAGUCUACUGUAACUCGGGUCAUCUUGGGAAACAAUCGGAAAUGAAGACAUCUUUUGCAAGUGACAAAUAUUCUCUCAGCUCAACAUAUAAAGGGUAGCUUAAAUUUUCAGUGUUAAACAUUUUCGGAUGAAUGGACCAUAUUGUCGGGAACAUUUAAAGAAGCUCGUUGUCAGUGAAUUUCUUAUUCAAACCAUGUACCACACGGUAUUGUAAUUUGAACUUCUUCCUUUUCUUUUUUACUUUCCUGAAAGGGAACUCAUCGUGGCUCGUCCAGAUCUUUUCUUGGCUACUACCAGUGGUGCUGCUUUGCAAGGUUUUUGCUUAAAAACUAGUUAACCCAGAUAGCCCAUAUUGUGCCAAAAUCAACAAUGACAACAUGUUUCGGGUUAUUGCCAGAGCUCGGUCUUCGUUCUAUCUAGCAGUUUUAGAAUCUAUACACUUAUUUAAUGGAACAGAACCAUUGUGUGUACAGAAUGAGUUUGUUUUCACUGUAGGAUCCAUUUGUAACAUUUUCCAUAGACAGAUGGAACUGAUUGGUCAACCUCAACAGUCAUGUGCUCGCGUUUCUGAUUGGCCUAUUUUGAUUCACCUCUGGGUAUGUAUAUUUCCUAGCGUAGAGUUUUUUUUCAAAUUCUGUACCACCAAAUGAUUGUUUUUAAAAACUUGUCUGGCAUUGUAAAAUGAUGACCAUUUACAGAAGUAAAGAAUCUAAAUAAGUUACGAAAAUGUGAGACGAAAAUGAGAAAACGAAAGUUCAAACAUACAGGCCUGGAUCGAAAAUGAAUGAGAAUUCGAGUGAGAAGGCAAACUCCUUCUGUCCACACAAAUCACAAAUCAAACCACAUUAAAUGGGCACACUCUUCUUUCUAAAACCUUAUCCUCAUGCUCAGACGCCAAUGGAAAUUAGAAGAAAAGACAGUUGUUUUUUAAACAUUUUCUAUCAUGCAAGACAGAUUUUAUCACCUAAGAUUCUUCUCACGUUACUUUCCAUCUGCAUCUAUUUAUGACUUUCCGCUCUCCUUUUGGUCAUUAUUCGAUGUUAAAUACUUUGUGGAGUAUCGGGCGGAAAGCGCUUUAUUAGGUUGCAAGAUAAUUUUACUUUUUGCAAUCCUAGAAUUUGGUAUACAAGGCCUAACAUGGUCCUUUUACUGUAUUGAAGCUAUGAUGGGUUAAUGUUAUCUUCGCCUCAUUCUCAUUUUCUUUUGGAGCUCGAGAGAUGAUAGAGAGAUUCACAUAGUUUUUAAGGUGACUUUGGCUCGAGGUAGUGACUUGAUGAUCCUAAUUUACAACGAUUGCCGAAUUUACUUAUUGUGCGAUAAUUAUCCGCCCUUUGAUCCUAACACUUUUAUCGUUAAUGGAAAUUGGGAAAAACUUACAUUCAAUCAAAUUGUAUUUAUCUUUGGAUCGACGAACGUUGAAAUCAAAAUUUCUGAUACCUUUUGUGUUUCAAUAUGGCAAAUAUAAAAAAUACACUUCCUUAAUAGCUGGGAACCUCCUAUUUGCGUAAAAGCUGUGCUUUUUAGGCGAAAUUUACACUAACAUUUGAUAAACACGUACAUCUCUGCAGUGUUUCAUUAAGGAUCACAUUGAACGAUAAAAACAAGCCGCGAAUUUCUUGUCUCUUUUAUUAAGUUAUGUACAAUGUUUAUGCUUGCAAUAAAGUACGUUUAAGGUAUUUCUUAAUCUAAAAACUUUACACAUUAUUAUCUUAUUUUAUACUAUUCGGCAAUAACAGCUUGUUGUUAAUAUGUAAUUUUGAAAAUUGCAGCCAGCUUCCUAGCGAUCAGAUGCUAUUUAGAGCAACAACUGUUUUCAUAUGCAUUUAAGUUCUGUGCAGAGUACAAACAAGUCCCUGUCAACACCUCAUCAACAUACACUCAAAUUGGGAAAGACUUGAUCGAGAAUCAGCUUUUCCACUUGUUCAGAAAACACUAAUGGCUGGCUGGAAGCAUUUAACCCUUGUUUAUGCAUUUUAUGCAACAUUUGCAAGAAUUAAUUGCAAUGGAAUCGCCGUUGUUGGUUAUGAAAAUGUUAAAACCAACUUGCCUGGUAUUUCUUCAUUCGUUGCACCGAGCAUGCUUGUUUGCUUGCACAAAUGCGCAUUGAACGAGGUAUGCAACAUCGCCUGCGCGCAGCAUUCUUCUUCAUCUCGUGUUACAUGCAACUUCUCGUACUUGGAAAAUCUAUCUAACAUCAAGCAUCAUCUCUAUGCCAAAAAAGGGUUUAGCGUCCAUGUGCUGCAAAAAACUAAAGCAAUGGAGAAACAGCCGACGCCAACACAGGAACCUAAAAAAUACCCAGAAUGCACGUUCGCUGCUUUGUUUUAUUUAAAGAUGACAGAUCAGAGUAUGUAUCUUGCUUACAAUGGCGACAGCUUAAUAUUAACAGACCAAAAGGCAAAGGCAGAGAAGGUUUGCAUUAUAAAUGGCGGCAAAAACAUGUACCUUACGGACCAGAAAAAGUGCUUGACGGGUGCAAGCGGCAGCCUUGGCAUGAACAGUGACUGUACAGCAUUAGGUACAGAAAUCAAGUUCGUCGAUACAACCAGAGUGAAAUAUGAUACAGGUUGUCUUCAGGCAAUCAAUUUAGAUGCGAUUGUUGUUGGAACAACACUUGCCUUUAAAUCUGAAUGCAACGACAGCCGCGUUCAGUUCACGACGGUUUCAGUUACUUCAGAUUGAGAACAUGGCGGCUUUUCAAAAUCCCGAACACAGUUUUUUAACUGUUAUAUAACUGUAUACCGUUAUUUAAAUUGAGGGUCUUUCUCUGCACCAAAGAAGAUGAGAAUUUCUCAAGUCUGCACACUGAUCACAUUCUUUAAAUUUUCACCUAUUGUUUAUUUACAUGACAGCAUUUCUACUUUGAAAUGUGACAAGAAAUUCUUAAAGAGAUUUACUAUCAAUCAAACUAGUCAUACUUGUCUGAUGACUGCGAAACCGUUUGAUGAAACAAGAUCAAGACAUUUGAUUUGAUUGAUCAACUCUUCAAACUAUUUCUUGAUUGUAUAUUUUCCAUGAACAACCUGUACGUAAGAGUUAAAAGAUUCGUUUAUUGUUGUGUUUUCUGUUUCUUUGACAACCAGGUUAUUACCUUUUUAAGAGAAGCCAUCCUUACAAGUAAGCACUGUGUUUGUGUACAAGUUACACGAGGCCAAGCCUGCAGCGAUUUGCUCAGAGCGGGUGUAGCGAAACUUUAAAGGCUCUGAUUUAGCGGUGUAGCGGUAUUUUUGCGCACAACGGGCCAAGCAUGAUAUUCUAUGCUUGAAAAAUUUAUCAUUAGCAACUCUCACAUGCGCUAUAAAAAACGUGUCAUAUGAUGUCACACACAGCUUUGGUUGUAUAAAAGUACGCGUGUCGAUACCUGUCAGCUAUUUCUAGUCGCCUAAUGACAAAAAAGUCAGUAAAGCCUGGAUCUGUAAUUUUGCCUAGUAGUAGGUAACACAGGGAAAUAAAAAUCAGCGGUUACUCACUUCGAUAGGAUCUCGGUUACUCACUUGUACAAAGAAUCUCAUUCAUGUUUCAGGGUCUGUUUUUCUUUGUUUCUGUAAAGAUGGUGCGUCCCAGCUUUUAUCGGAAAAAGCAGGUUUAAAUACAUCCUUCUGCUCAUCACAAUACGCACCUUUGUCAAAAAGGAUCCUAUUUCUUGUUUCAUUAUAUCAACAAUUCUUUUUUAAUGUGCCAAGGUAGAGUCAAUAGGGCAAUAACUUUAUCGACCUGCAACCUGUAUAAGACAGAGAGAGGAAGUGGCAAAUGAAUAAUAGAGUUUUCCCCCUUCGAGAUUUAAAUUGUUAGUCAUUCAUUUGCAAAAUUUUUUAGUGUAUAACUCCCAGCGGCGUAGAUAGAGGGGCUAGAGGGGGCAAAAAACCCCUGUAAAGCUUAAAUGUUAUUUUAUGGGAUAAUUUCUGAACCUGUUGGAAAUAUAACAUGGCUGUCAUUUUUAUCUUAUUUGCAUUUCGAGAAAAAAGGUUUUAAAAGUGAAUAUAUGAAUUUCUGUUAUUGCUAUGAAACAGAUUGGUAAUCUCUUUCAAUUAGGCCUGGUAUUCAAAAAUGCCUUUUUAGAGGAGAAACCCAGAAACAUUUUCAAGCAGUGGCGGCGCCAGCUGCCGCAGAGUGGGAAGGUGAUGGUUGUUGCCCGUGAGACCACGCCCUAUUGGCCUCGUUUCAUUGCUUUGUAUCAGGUCAAAUUUCCUUAGAAAAUAUGAUCUACCCCUACCUAGUGUUUUUUAAUCCGCUUUAAGACGAAAUAUGUAGACCAUGUUUCGACAAAAGUGGGGGGGGAUUAUUACCCCAAUUAUCCCCCAUACCACCCCUAGGCGCUGCCACUUUAUUCAAGUAAACUGUGACGUCAUGCUUUUAAGGAAGCCUGUUAGGGAGAGUCAUUAUUAUUAAGCGGAAAGGUGUUUCGACAUCGCUAAUUGGUUUCGAAGAAAUUUCUGUAACGGGUUUGAUGAUGCUUUUCCGCAUCCGCGUGGAAGGGAAAAAAGUGACACAGAGGCGAAAAAAUUGAAGAUUUGUCCGUUUUCUUCCAGCAAACAUUAAUAUAGUGGUUUGGGUUUCUAUGGGUUUUAAUGGAUUUUGAUUAAUUGCAGGUCAUGGUUAAGAGAUUUAAAUUGUGUUGACGUUUGCCUCCUCCUAACACACAGACAUUGACCAUGGCUACUUAAUUAGUCAUAAGCCCAUUACGAAGUUGAUAAUAACAAAAAAUAUUUUAAUUGAAUAUAUCAUAACUUAUCCGAAUGUUUACAAACAAAACAAUGGUGGAAUGAUCAAUAUUCGGUGAUUGGAAAUUGAUUAUUAUGGCAAAUUGUAAUUGCAGUUACACCUACAGCCUAAAAUACGAGAGCAGAAAACAAUGGGCUUUUAUUGGACUUGCGUUGAAAGUUUUUGAGCUUCCUAGUUUACUGUGGUGACUUCCGUACUUUUUUUAAUAAACUUGCAGAAGUUCUGACCUCCCAAACCUGUCACCAAUUCCUUGGUAAGAAUUUUAGUUGGUCGGCAAGAU